AUGACUCAAAACGUUGCUCUCAUCCUGGGCUAUGGACCCAUAGUUGGGGCCUCCACUGCUCGUGCAUUUGCAGCAAAGGGUUACAAAGUUGCAAUAGUAUCCCGCACAAAGAAGGACUCGGAAAGUGAAAAGGAUUAUCUCCAGAUUCAAGCCGAUCUCUCUAAUCCAACCUCAGUUGAGGAUAUUUUCUCCAAAGUUAUUACUGAACUUGGACAUCCAAGCGUUGUGGUAUACAAUGCUUCUUCGUUUGCGCUGGCGGGCUCUUUAACAGUUGCGGAACAAGUUGCAGCUUUCCAAACCGAUAACAAUGUCAAUGUUGUGUCUGCGUAUGUUGCGGCGCAAUUGGCUGUUAAAUCUUUCGCUGAGCUACCUCAGCAGUCGUCAAAGACGUUCAUUUAUACCGGAAAUAAACUCCCUUUCAUGGUCGUACGACCACUGUUAUCCCAAGGCGUUGGAAAGGCUGGCGCGGCACACUUGGUGCAUUAUUUCGCAGAAGAGCACAAAGAAUCCGGAUACAAGUUUUAUUAUGCUGAUGAGCGCAAACUGGAUGGAGAUCCGGUUUACGGCGAAAUUGACGGCGAUGCGCACGGCGUAUUUUACAGUCAACUGAUUGACCAGAAAGAGCAGGGACCUUGGAACGCGACAUUCGUUAAGGGACAAGGAUACACUUCUUUUUCCGAUGCAGUUGUACAUGAAGCUGUCGUGAUGCAGCUUUAG